AUGGCCGCCUCAGAGCGGCUCUAUGAGUUAUGGCUGCUCUACUACGCGCAGAAGGACCUGGCCUACCUGCAGCAAUGGCUGAAGGCCUUUGUGGGGGCCUUCGAGAAGAGCAUCUCACUGGCCUCGCUGGAGCCACGCAGGCUGGAGGAGGCAGGAGCAGAGGUGCCACUGCUGCCUCUGGAUGCCCUGCAUGUGCUGGCCGAGCAGCUGAACCAGGGAGACCUGGAGCAGGCCCUGUUGCUGCUCAAACUCUUCAUCAUCCUCUGCAGAAACCUAGAGAAUUUAGAAGCAGGCUGGGGCCUGCUGCUGGUGCCCCGGGUGCUGACACUUCUCACUGGGUUGGUGGUCCAGCUAAAGGAACCAGCAUCCCUGCAGGAAGGCACUGGACCUCAUCUGGAGAAUGUGGCCUUGCAUGCUCUACUCCUGUGUGAAGGCCUCUUUGACCCCUACCAGACCUGGCGACGUCAGCACAGCGGGGAAGUCAUCAGCUCCAAGGAAAAGAGCAAAUACAAGUUUCCUCCUGCUGUUCUGCCCACCGAAUUCAGCAUCUUCUUCCGAGAGAGCCUGCUGGAUGCAGAUCACCUGCCUCCCACGUUGCUGUUGCGUCUCAUCCACCUCUUUAGCGCUGUCCUUGCAGGAGGGAAGGUAAACGGGCAGAUGGCUGUGAGCCCCGGCUCGGUACAGGGCCUUCUGGGUGUGGUGCGGAGCUGGGGCCGUGGACCUGCCCAGGACCCGCGUGUAAUGCCGCUGGCACUGGAGGCACUGGUGGGUGCGGUCCAUGUCCUGCACACAAGCCGUGCACCCCCCCGUGGGCCAGAGCUCCGGGCCUUACUUGAGGGCUACUUCUGUGUCCUGAACGCCGACUGGCCGACUGGUCCAAGCCCAGGCCCAGAAGAGACACUUGUCAGUCUGCGGGUCAGCAUGCUUGACACCAUCCCCAUGAUGCUGGCUUGUGAGGACCGGCCAGUGCUGCAAGCGACCUUCCUCAGCAACAACUGCUUUGAACACCUCACUUGUCUCAUCCAGAACAGCAAGCUGUAUGUGCAGGCCCGGGUACCCCCUGAGGGGGACAGUGACCUGACUACCUGGUUACUGACUGAGCCCGAUGUCCUGAAGGUACUGGACCAGGACACAGAUGCCAUUGCAGUCCACGUUAUCCGGGUGCUGACCUGCAUCAUGAGCGGCUCCCCCUCGGCCAAGGAGGUGUUUAAGGAGCGUAUUGGCUACCCUCACCUGCAGGAGAUUCUGCAGAGCCACGGCCCCCCUACCCAUCGGCUGCUGCAAGAGCUGCUCAACAUGGCGGUAGAAGGUGACCACAGCAUAUGCCCACCACCACCAAUCCGCAAUGAACAGCCGGUGCUGGUGCUGAUGCGGUGGCUACCAUCACUGCCCACGGCCGAGCUGCGGUUCUUCCUAGCACAGCACCUUUGGUGGCUCUGUGACAGCUGCCCUGCCAGCCGUGCCACCUGCGUGCAGGCAGGCCUGGUGGGCUGCCUGUUAGAGACCCUCAGCACAGGGCAUGCCCUGGGGGCCCGCUGCCAGGAGCAGCUAUUGUUGCUGCUGCAAGCACUGGGCAGCGUGUCCCUCAGGCCCAUGGAGCUGCGGCGCCUUCUGCGGCCCCCACUGGAGCUGGACUCGGGGCCAGAUGGAGCUGAGGCCAGGAACGCCCGGCAUGCAGGGGCCAUCAUCCGUGUGUUGUCAGGCAUGGCCAGCCACCAGGGCCCCCCACGGGCCCUGCGCUACUUUGACCUCACGCCCAGCAUGGCUGGCAUCAUGGUGCCCCCAGUGCAACGCUGGCCUGGACCUGGCUUCACCUUCCAUGCCUGGUUUUGUCUGCACCCCAUAGCCAUAGCGCCUGUCCCUACCCCUACCCAGCCACUCCAGCGAAAGCAGCUGUACAGCUUCUUCACCAGCAAUGGCUCGGGGUUUGAGGCCUUCUUCACAGCAGCUGGGACACUGGUCGUGGCCGUGUGCACCCGGAAGGAAUACUUGACCAUGAGCCUGCCGGAAGUGUCCUUCGUCGACUCAGCCUGGCACUGUGUGGCCAUCGUCCAUGUGCCUGGGCGCCGGCCUUUCAGCCAGAACCUGGUCCAUGUCUACAAAGAUGGUCAUCUGGUCAAGACAGCACCCCUUCGCUGUCCCUCCUUCAGUGAGCCCUUCUCCUCCUGCUGCAUCGGCUCUGCUGGGCACCGCACCACCACCACCACAGGGCUGCCUGAACCACCGUGCCCUGCCCACCCCUCACUUACCCGCUCUCAGUCAGUCCCGGCCUCGGCCUCCACAGGACUGGGCUGGGGGUCUGGGCUGGUGGCCCCUCUGCAGGAGGGCAGCAUCAGCUCUACCCUGGCAGGCACACAGGACACACGGUGGGGUAGCCCCACGUCCCUGGAGGGUGAGCUAGGAGCUGUGGCCAUCUUCCAUGAAGCCCUGCAGACAGCACCUCUGCGGGUCCUUUGCACCCUGGGGCCCAAUGAGAUGGCGCCCUUCAAGCCUGAGGGUGAACUGCAUGAGCUUGGCACCAAGCUGCUCCUCCAUUACUCACCUCAGGCCUGCAAGAACAACAUUUGCCUAGACCUGUCCCCUGGCCACGGGCUGGACGGUCGCCUGACAGGCCACAAGGUGGAGACCUGGAAUGUAAAGGAUGUGGUGAACUGUGUCGGGGGCAUGGGUGCCCUGCUGCCCUUGCUGGAGCAAGUGGCUGCACAGCCUCAAGAACCCGAGGUGGGCCCAGCCGAAACACAUGACCUCGUGGGGCCUGAACUGACCUCUGGCCACAGCGCUCGUGGCCUACUUCUCCCACUGGGCAAAUCCUCAGAGGAGCGGAUGGAGAGGAAUGCCGUGGCUGCCUUUCUGCUGAUGCUGCGGAACUUCCUGCAUGGUCACCCUGUGAACCAGGAGAGCCUGGUGCAGUGCCAGGGGCCUGCCAUCAUCGGGGCCCUCCUGCGCAAGGUCCCAAGCUGGGCCAUGGACAUGAAUGUUCUCAUGUCCACCCAGCUGCUGAUGGAGCAGGUGGCAGCCCAGGGCAAUAGACCCCUCUUGUAUCUGCUCUACCAGCAUUUGCUCUUCAACUUUCACCUCUGGACCCUCAGUGACUUUGCUGUGCGCCUCGGCCACAUCCAGUACAUGUCUAGCAUAGUCCGUGAGCACAGACAGAAGCUGCGGAAGAAAUACGGAGUCCAGUUUAUCUUCGAUGCCCUGCGCACCCACUACAGCCCACAGCGGGAGCGCCCCCUUGUGGCUGACGACCUACGCGUGGUGCAGACCUCACUCCUGGGCCUGGCUCGGGAGUACCUGAUGCGGAGCUUCUCCGCUGAGGACAUGCAGGUCGUGCUGAACUUUCUGGCUGCUGCCACUGAUGAUGGACAGGUUGUAGGCACAUUGGACCUGUUACUGGUGCUGUUACAAGGCUCACCGGCACAGGAAUCGCUGGCGGCCUUCCUGCUGGAACCAGGGAACUUAGAGGUGCUGCUGACACUGCUCGUGCGGCCAAAGUCACUGCCCCUGCUGCCUGACCAAGUCUGCAAGAUCCUGCGCAGACUUCAGCAGAAUGAGCGCUUGCCUGAGCGCAGUCGUCAGAGGUUGCGGCUGAGGGAGUGUGGUCUCCAGGGCCUUGUUGCCUGCCUGCCUGAAGGGACCGUUUCCCUACAGCUCUGCCAGGGCCUUUACAAGCUGUUCCUGGGGGCAGAUUGCCUGAACCUCUCAGAUCUGAUGGCCGUGGUACAACUGUCCCUCCAAGCUGACCUUAAUGUCCGCCUAAACAUUUGUCGCCAACUCUUUGACCUCAUCUAUGAACAGCCAGACGUAGUGCGGCUUCUGGCCCGCCAGGCCGGCUGGCAGGACGUGCUGACCCGGCUGUAUGUCCUGGAGGCCAUGAUUGGUGCUCCCCCACCUUUUCCCCCAGAGCCCCCCACUUCCCCAGAGCCAGCUCUGCACAAGUCACCCACAGAUUCACCUCCUGAGCCUUCUGACGUCUUCCUACCCUCAGAGGCCCCCAGCCCUGAACCAGAUGCCUUCUAUCAGGCUCUCUCCCCGUUCUGCACACACUUUGACCUGGGUCUGGAACGGGCCAGCGUGGGCUCUGGCAAUACCAUCAGCGGUGGCAGCAGCAACGGGACUCUGACUCCUGCCAGCCAGCCUGGCACACCCUCCCCACUGGAUGGGCCCCGACCCUUCCCUGCUGCCCACGGCCGCCACAGCUCCAGCCUCUCCAAUGUGCUGGAGGACGGCAGCCUGCUGGAGCCCACUGUCAGUGGGGAUGACUCCUCCAACACCAGCAACCCUCAGCAAACCUCUGAGGAAGAGCUAUGCAACUUGCUCACCAACGUGCUGUUCUCAGUGACGUGGCGGGGCGUGGAAGGUAGUGAUGAAGCUGCCUGGCGGGAGCGCGGUCAGGUCUUCUCAGUGCUCACUCAACUAGGGGCCUCAGCGACGCUUGUACGCCCACCAGAUUGCAUCAAGCGCAGCCUCCUGGAGAUGAUGCUUGAGUCAGCCCUGUCUGACAUCAAAGCGGCCUCACCAGGGAUCAUGGGCAGCCUCACGCAGCAGGCUCUUUGGCUGCUGCGUCUGCUACAGGACUACCUGUGCGCUGAGGGCCAUGGAAAUCAGGAGCUGUGGAGCGAGAAGCUCUUUGAAGGUGUGUGCAGCUUGCUUGACCGACUGGGGGCCUGGCCGCACCUGGCCAAUGGCACAGCAGAUCUCCGGGAGAUGGCACAGAUUGGCCUGCGCCUGGUGCUGGGCUACAUACUGCUGGAGGACCCGCAGCUGCAUGCCCAGGCCUACGUGAAGCUGCACGCGCUGCUGCAGACUGCGGUGCCUGUGCGCCGCCAGGAGGCCUGCUACGUGCUCUCCAAGCUAGAGGCGGCCUUGGCACGGGCGCUCAACACCUCCUCCUCUGAGACAGCAAGCGGGGCCGAUGGGCCCCCAAACCCAGCUGCUGCAACUUCAGAGCGCUGCUCCUGGCUGGUGCCCUUGGUGCGCACCCUGCUGGACCGUGCCUAUGGGCCACUUGGGCUGCAGUGGGGGCUGCCCUCUCUGCCACCCACCAAUGGCAGCCCCACCUUCUUCGAGGACUUCCAGGCCUUCUGUGUCACACCUGAAUGGCGCCUCUUCAUCGACAAGCAGGUGCAGCCCACCAUGUCGCAGUUUGAAAUGGACACAUACGCUAAGAGCCAUGACCUCAUGUCGGGCUUUUGGAAUAUCUGUUAUGACACACUCAUGAGCAGCGGACAGCAGCACCAGCGAGAGCUUACCCGAAGCCGCAAGGCCUUCCAGGCACUGGUGGUGGAACCCACACAGCGGCGUGCCCGCCUGGAGGGGCUUCGCUACACAACUGCACUGAAGCAGCAGGCGGCCCAGCACUCCACGGCCUUGCUGCACUGGGGGGCACUGUGGCGCCAGCUCUCCAGCCCCUGUGGGGCCUGGGCGCUGAGGGACCCUCCCACCCCCCGCUGGAAGCUGUCCAGCGCUGAGACAUACUCCCGCAUGCGCCUGAAGCUGGUUCCCAACCAUCACUUUGAUCCUCACCUGGAAGCCAGUGCCCUGCGGGACAACCUGGGGGAGGCCCCACUGACACCUAAUGAGGCUUCGCUGCCUCUGGCAGUAACCAAGGAGGCCAAAGUCAGCACCCCUCCCGAGGAGCUACAGGAAGACCAGCUAGGCGAGGAUGAGAUGGCUGCGCUGGAAAUGGAGAUGGACGCAGCAGAAUUAGAUGAACAGCACGAGAAGCUGGUGCUGUCAGCUGAGUGCCAGCUGGUCACAGUGGUGGCUGUGGUCCCAGGGCUGCUCGAGGUGACCACGCAGCACGUGUACUUCUACGACGGCAGCUCUGAGCGCGUGGAAACUGAGGAUGGAAUUGGUCAUGACUUUCGGCGUCCGCUGGCCCAGCUGCGGGAGGUCCACCUGCGCCGCUUCAACCUGCGCCGCUCAGCUCUUGAGCUCUUCUUCAUUGAUCAGGCCAACUACUUCCUCAACUUCCCUCGAAAGGUGUGUGGCUCUCCAGCCUCAUCCCCUCACCAGGCCCCAAGUCCCCACCUUGACCACACCCAGGUACGGAACCAGGUGUACUCAUGCCUCCUGCACCUGCGGCCCCCCACUCAAGGCUACCUGGGCAGCCGCUCACCCCAGGAGAUGCUGCGCAACUCAGGUCUUACCCAGAAAUGGGUGCAGCAUGAGAUAUCCAAUUUUGAGUACUUGAUGCAACUCAACACCAUAGCGGGGCGGACCUACAACGACCUGUCUCAGUACCCUGUGUUCCCCUGGGUCCUGCAGGAUUACGUGUCCCCAACCCUGGACCUCAACAACCCGGCUGUCUUCCGGGACCUGUCCAAGCCCAUCGGUGUGGUGAACCCCAAGCAUGCCCAGCUCGUGAGGGAGAAGUUUGAGAGCUUUGAGGACCCAGCAGGCACCAUUGACAGGUUUCACUAUGGCACCCACUACUCCAACGCAGCAGGCGUGAUGCACUACCUCAUUCGCACAGAGCCUUUUACUUCCCUGCACGUCCAGCUGCAGAGUGGCCGCUUUGACUGCUCUGACCGCCAGUUCCACUCAGUGGCAGCUGCCUGGCAGACCCGCUUGGAGAGCCCUGCCGACGUGAAGGAGCUCAUUCCCGAGUUCUUCUACUUCCCUGACUUCCUGGAGAACCAGAAUGGCUUUGACCUGGGCUGUCUCCAGCUGAGCAAUGAGGAGGUGGGGGAUGUGGUGCUGCCGCCGUGGGCCAGCUCUCCUGAGGACUUCAUCCAGCAGCACCGCCGAGCUCUGGAGUCCGAGUAUGUGUCUGCCCACCUGCAUGAGUGGAUCGACCUCAUCUUUGGCUACAAGCAGCGGGGACCUGCAGCUGAGGAGGCCCUGAAUGUCUUCUAUUACUGCACUUAUGAGGGAGCUGUGGACCUGGACCAUGUGACAGAUGAGCGGGAACGGAAGGCUCUGGAGGGCAUUAUCAGUAACUUUGGGCAGACCCCUUGUCAGCUGUUGAAGGAGCCACACCCAGCCCGACUCUCAGCUGAGGAAGCAGCCCACCGUCUUGCACGUCUGGACACUAACUCCCCUAGCAUCUUCCAGCACCUGGACCAGCUUAAGGCCUUCUUUGCAGAGGUUGUGAGUGAUGGUGUGCCCCUGGUGUUGGCCCUGGUCCCCCAUCGGCAACCCCACUCCUUCAUCACCCAGGGUUCCCCAGACCUGCUGGUGACUGUGAGUGCCAAUGGGCUGCUGGGCACCCAUAGCUGGCUGCCCUAUGACCGAAACAUAAGCAACUACUUUAGCUUCAGCAAAGAUCCUGCCAUAGGCAAUCCCAAGAUGCAGCGAUUUCUGAGUGGCCCAUGGGUGCCAGGCAGUGGUGUCAGUGGACAAGUCCUGGCAGUGACCCCUGAUGGGAAGCUAUUGUUCAGCGGAGGCCACUGGGACGGCAGCCUGCGAGUAACUGCGCUACCCCGCGGCAAGCUUCUGAGUCAGCUGAGUCGCCACCUUGAUGUAGUAACCUGCCUUGCACUGGACACCUGUGGUAUCUACCUCAUCUCAGGCUCCCGGGAUGCCACGUGCAUGGUGUGGCGGCUCCUGCAGCAGGGUGGUCUGUCGGUAGGGCUGGCACCAAAGCCUGUCCAGGUCCUAUACGGGCAUGACACUGCAGUGAGUUGCGUGGCCAUCAGCACUGAACUUGACAUGGCUGUAUCUGGAUCCGAGGAUGGAACAGUGAUCAUCCACACUGUACGCCGUGGCCAGUUUGUGGCAGCACUGCAUCCUCCAGGUGCCACAUUGCCUGGACCCAUCUCCCACCUGGUCCUGGGAUCCGAGGGCCAGAUUGUGGUACAGAGCUCAGCACACGAGCGUCCAGGGGCCCAGGUCACCUAUUCCUUACACCUGUACUCAGUGAAUGGGAGGCUGCGGGCGUCAAUGCCCCUGGUAGAGCAGCCCACAGCCCUAGCUGUGACUGAGAACUUCGUUCUCCUGGGCACAGCCCAAUGCACUUUGCACAUCCUCCACCUGAACAAACUGCGCCCAGCCGCGCCUCCCCUGCCCAUGAAGGUGCCCAUCCGUAGCCUGGCCGUGACCAAGGAGCAUAGCCAUGUGCUCGUGGGGCUGGAGGACGGCAAGCUUAUCGUGGUGGGCGCAGGACAGCCCUCUGAGGUGCGCAGUGGCCAGUUUGCACGGAAGCUUUGGCGGUCCUCGCGUCGCAUCUCCCAGGUGUCCUCAGGGGAGACAGAGUACAACCCCUGUGAGGCGCGCUGA